AUGGAAGCCGCGGCGACAAAGGUCCAUAAUUUGGCCAAGAGCGCAUUACCCGAACGACCCUAUCAUCUCGCCAAAUCCAUCGACCAGCGCUAUCGCGUGCCGCCUGAUAAGCUGAAGCUCCUCGAAGAAGAGGAGGUCCGCGCCCUGCAGUACAUGACGCUGCUGGCCGACGUCGACCGCGGCCUGCUGCUGACGCGACCAUACUACGACAUGCGCGAGGAGCCGUCCAACGCCCACGCGGCGCGAGAACCUGUCGUCAAGACAGACAGGAAGGUGACCAAGUUGUCACUGAGCGACUACAAGAAUAAACAAAAGAGGGUCUCGCCGUCCCCACCCGAUUCUGCUUCGGCUGCGAGGGCGCCUGAGGCCCGAAGAGACCCCAGCGACGGGAGUAGAGCGCCCCGCGCGGGCGAGCCGACGAGAGAUGGCAGAGGAGCGAGGCCGCCGAACGGGGCCCAUGAGGAAAGGUUGGUACCAAGUCGCUUCAGGUUCACCCUCCCCGCCGACGCGCAUCGUGAACUGACUGUAUACUCGAUGGACAGGUCUCAAAAACUUGACACGAGAGGGCAUUCAAGCCACGAUACGACGACAUCCCCCGAAAAACGAAGAAGACAGCAGGAAGCAGAAGCACUUGCGCGACUGCCUAAGAAGCCGCCAAUCGAUGCGAAUGCGCCCUUGGACGAUCGCUCGCGAACGCCACGAGACGACAACCCAAGGCGGAAGGAGCCACAGUCGUCGCAAGACAGGACAACGUCGAGGGACCCGAAAAUCGGCACGCCAUCGACGCUCCCGAAUGGUAGGGCCAUUCUUAAAUCAGCAAUCGGCUCGCAGCACAGCUCGACUCCCUCGGGUCGGCCGAGAGGCGACUCUCUCAACGGCCAGCGCUCCAGUUCAAGUGCGAUAAACAGGACAUCAUUGAGUAAGCGCGAUGCGCCACCAAGCAAGUCCACUGUUCCGCCAUUACUGUCACCUCUGCACUUUCCCAUGGAGGAGGUAGAUUCACAACCAACCGAGAGGAGAAGGCGAGACGGCAUCGACGACCCCCCACGAUCAGUCCAACCAAAGCCGACGAGGACAGCACCGCCGCCGCCAGUCCUGUCCAAGAAGGAAAGAUCGCCACAAAAGCUACCGGCGCUCCUGUCACCGACGCUGCCGCCAGCUCUCGAAGAGGAAUUGGCUCGUUUUAAGGAUACGCCAACAGCAACAAAAACAGCACGACUGCCUGAUCCAGCCGUCAACAAUAAGUCCAACAAGCUGCUUAGGAGAGCAGACGACGAUGACGAAGAACAAAUAAGAGUCAGCAUCAAGGACAAGGAAAGGAACAGAGACAGAGAUAGGGACAGAAAUGGACAGGAGCGCUUCAUAGUGACGCUGAAGUGCGGCCGUAAGCACUCCAAAACACUGAAGCGCAUCCUGGCCCUUCCACCCCCGAAGAAGGAGCGGCCGCGAUCGGCGAGUCUCGAGGCGGCACCGAUCAUCGCUAGGAAACGACCGGCUAGCAGCGUCGAGGAUGUUCGAGACUCGAUCGCCGUCAAGAGGCCGCGGACGUCAGACAUGGCGAGCUCAUCCAGAUUGGUGACGCCGUCAACGCCGGCAAAGACGGCCACGGCCAUGUCGCGAGGCGCGUCGAACAACUCGCAAGGAAACACUCCAGGCGAAAUGAACAGCGUCACGCCGGGAGACCGGCCACCCACCAGGCAGGAGCCGAGGGAGCCCGCCAACCCAGCAACGAUACGCAAGCUGCGGGACCGCUACGAGCGGUACAAGGACCUCGGCGGCAGGCUCAAGCACAGACGCGAUGCGAUGAAGUCGAACCGCGACCGCGCCCCCUCCGAGUCGGAUCAAAAGCUCAGCAUCGCCCUGUGCCUGGAGAGCGCCAUGGCUUACAUGGUCUCCUUCCGCGCCGUCUUCGACUCGCGCCGCCUCGAGAACAAGGCCCAGGACCCCAAUACCUGGGACACGAUCCUGCCGCUGCUCGGCACUCUGCAGCGCGACGUCGGCGACGGUCGCCACCGCGCCCUCGACGCACUCCACCUCCAGCUCAAGGGUGUCAUCCUCGAGGAGCUCAUCAAGUGCUACUGGUCGCUCGACCCAGCCUCCAGCGCCGUCCGCCUCAUGCACUUUGAGCGUCUGCGCGCCAACAUAUGGAAGAGCGCCUACGACGCUGUCGAGCGCGUCGACGACCCCCACAUGCGAUGUAACCUCGGACCCUGGACGAGCGCCGAGGAGGCUAUCGCGCUAGGUCUCAGGACGGUCCGCCGGUGGGCAGCGGACGAGGGCGUCGACUGGCGACCGGAACUCAGCCCGCAGACGAACGGGCUGUAG